CUUGAGCUCACCAACACAAGGCCUUCUCAAAUCAAAAAAUGUCUAGCAUUUUAAAAGUAUUUGGUGGUGAUGAUGAAACUAUUCUUGACCCCUUCCUUUCAUUGAUGAAUAAAUGUCCAGUCCUCAACACCCCAACAGAUUGGAAAGAGACCCCGGAAGCACACGUCUUCACGGCCGAUCUUCCGGGGCUCAAGAAGGAGGAGGUGAAGGUGGAAAUUGAUGAGGGUAAUGUGCUUAAAGUAAGUGGGGAGAGGGCUCCCGAAAAAGGUGAUAAAAAUGACAGGUGGCGCCACGUUGAACGCUUCCGUGGCAAGUUCCUUAGGAGGUUUAAGCUACCAGAUAAUGCAAAGACUGAUGAAGUCAAAGCUUCCAUGGAGAAUGGGGUGCUCAAGGUGAUUAUCCGUAAACAAGAGGUGAAGAAACCAGAAAAGAAGGUCAUUCAGAUUGAAGACAAAUAGAAAUUGCUGACACUAAAAUUGAGGUAUCGCCAUAAUUAUGAGAUUGUGGAAAUAAUUGGGUUGUAUAUUUGGUCAUGGUGUGCUUGUGUGUUGAAGCUUUCAGAUGUCAUGCAUAUUACUACUAUGUAUUAUUAUGAUCAAUGAUAAAUAAAACUCUUUAAGUUUGAUGUUUCUUA